AUGGAAGAGAAAGAGAUCGAAUUAUUCGGGGGCAAUUCUAAAAUUAAAGAAUAAUAAUAAGAAGAAUAGGAAUAGGAAUAAAUACAAUAUCGAAAGCAGGAAUAUAAUUGCAUCCGAUUGUUGACUUUGAUGUUAAAAAAGAAUCUAUUGCUCUUUCAAAGAUAGAAAUGUCUCUCUAUCUUUUUAUUCUUGUCACCGUUAUUGAUAUGUCUACUAAUCUUAUUAUGGCAAUACCUUGUGGAUCGAUUCACAGGAUUCCUGAUAAUAGAUCCGCCCAUAAAAGAUAUAUUGAAAUAAAUCCCAAGAUGUACAUCUUAUAAUGAUGAUAAUUGCAUAACAAUCGGAUAUUUCGUCCUGGGACAAACCCAAGACUGGAUCACAAAUGUAAUGAAACGAGUUGCCUAUACUAAUCGCCUAAAAUUUGAUUAGGAUGUCAAAUUUAUAGGAAAUUAUGAUCAACCAAGUCAGAUUUCAGAAUAUCUAUUGUCUCAUAUGAAUCUCACUUAAAUAGCAGUAGUAUUUUGUACCGAUUCUUGGAUGUUGUAUGAUAAAUAGCCAGAGAUUUCAAUCCCAUGCCAGUUUGAAAGACUUGAUAAAUAGGUAGUAUUCUAUACCAUAUUGUACAAUUACACUCUAUUGUACAGGUCUCCAUAUCUAUCAGACAUGAAAAUAGCCUACCCCAAAGAUGCCUAUGCAUCAUCUCUCAAGAUAAGUUUAGAUAAUGCUAUUUUGAGAGAGUUCACCAAAAUUCCUAAAGAAGAUGACGAAGAAUUCUUGUAUAUAUCUUAAUAGGAAUUUCCCACUAUCCCAACCAGAUUUAUGCAAGGAAUAGACAUAGUGGGCAAUUACGGUGCCUUUUACUUCUUCGCUCCCUACUUGCUUAACUUUUUGGUAUUAAUAAAUGAGAUGUUGUAAGAAAAGGGUAAGAAACUUCGAUAAGGUUUAACAGUGAUGGGAUUGACACACACAAUCUAUUGGAUAAGUUGGAGUAUCACAGCAUUGCUUCUAGUAAUCAUUUUGACAACCAAUCUGUUGAUUUGUGGGUAAGUGUUUAGGAUGGAUUUCUUUUUGAACACACCGAAUCUGAUUUUGUUCAUUUUGUAUGUGACUUUUGGGUUUUCGAUUUCAUUGGUGGCAUUCUUUAUAGUGGUUGUAUGUCCAGAUGUGAAAAAUGGAUACACAAUAGCCUAUGGAUUCAUACUAACAGCAAUCCUGAUGUAGAUGUGUUUUACAUAAGCAGGGAUGUCAAUUCUAUUUUAUCGUUUAGAUGCUUCGAGUUGGGUUGGUAUGGUGAGAAUACUAAUGAGUUUGUAUCCAGCAUUCAAAUAUUCAUUGAUUUUUGCAGAUAUUUCUAUAAAGUCUUGUCGACAUUACUCUUUGGAAGAAGGGAGAUGGGUAGAAGGAGACGGAUUCACUUUUGCUGACUUAUUCGCAGUAAAUAGUGGUAAAGUACAAUUGGAUAAGAAUGUCCAAUAUCAAUCACCAUGUGCAAUGGAUAACUAUUUCCAUUUACUAUUGGCAUGCAUGUUCUACAUCUUGUUGACAUACUAUUUUGAUCACAUUCUUGAAAGUAAUAGAGGAAAGGCUGAUUCAUUAUUGUUCUGCAUCACUAAACCCUUUAAUAUGUUCUUUAAGUCUCCUCCUUAGCCCAUCACUGAUCUUCAAUACUAGUGUCAUACUAAUGAUUCUGCUCAAUUAGAGAAAGAGAGAGUAAUCAAGAACUCCAAUAACACCUACGUAGAUGGAUUGAGGAUAAUAGGGUUAAGCAAGACUUAUCACAAAUAUUCCUUCAACAUAAUAUCCAAAGAUGAUGUUCAUGCUCUUAAGGACAUCUAUCUAGAAAUAAAUUCUGGAGAAUGUCUGGCAUUGUUGGGACAUAAUGGAGCAGGCAAAACUACUUUGAUUGGUUUGUUGACAGGGAUGUUCAAACCAUCUAAAGGUACAGCUCAAAUUAUGAAUUAUGAUCUUAAUGAUAUGGAAAAGAUCAGAGCGAUGUUAGGUGUUUGUCCGCAAUUCGAUAUUCUAUGGAAUCAAUUGACUGCAGCUGAACAUCUAAGGAUGUAUGCUACAAUCAAAGGAUUGCAUAGAGAUCAAAUAGAGAAUGAGAUAGAUCUCAGAUUGAAGGAGGUUGAAUUAUUGCAUGUCAAAGAUCAACAAAUUCAAACAUACAGUGGAGGAAUGAAAAGAAGAGUGUCUUUAGCUAUCAGUGCAAUUGGGAAUCCAAAGAUCAUUAUAAUGGAUGAACCAACGACAGGAAUGGAUCCCAGAGCUAGAAGGUAGGUUUGGAAAAUGAUUAAGAAUAUGAAACAAAAUAGAGUUGUGAUACUAACUACACAUGCUAUGGAAGAAGCAGAUGUUUUGGCUGAUAGGAUAGCUGUGAUGGCUGAAGGGUAAUUGAAGGCUAUUGGUACAAGUUUGUUUCUGAAGAACAAUUUCUCAGAUGGAUAUAGAGUCAACAUUAUCACUGAUUAGGUGGAUGAAUGUUUGUCCAAAAUAAAACUAUUAUUAAACUAAUUUAAACUAUUAGACACUAGUGGUGGUAGCAUUUUAAUCUCCAUACCCUUUUAAUAUAUGCAGGAUCUGAAGGCCUUGUUUGAAGUAUUCGAAAAGAAGGAAUCAGAUUUAUCAGAAACUUAAUUGCAAUUAAGAAAGCUGAUUAAGGAUUGGGGAUUGAGUCAUGCAACAUUGGAAGAGGUGUUCAUGAAAGUAACUAGAUGUUGUGAAUGA